AUGGAUUCAAUAAAAUACAUUUUUGAGAAACCGUCAUUAUCUGGAAGGAUUGCAAAAUGGCAAGUUUUGUUGUCAGAGUAUGAUAUUGUUUAUGUUACUAAAAAAACAAUGAAGGGAAGCGCAGUUGCUGAUCAUUUAGCUGCUCAACCAGUAGCAGAUUACGAACUUAUGAGGAUUGAUUUCCCGGAUGAAAACAUAUUUCUGGUUGAAAAGAAUGCUAGAGAUCAUGAGACAAGGACUAUGCUUUUCGAUGGUGCCUCAAAUGAGUUGGGACAUGGGAUUGGAGUUGUGCUAAUUUCUCUAGAAGGAAAGGUUUUCCCCCUAACGGCCAAGUUAUGUUUUGAAUGCACUCACAAUAUCGCUGAAUAUGAAGCUUGCAUUAUGGGACUUCAAGUAGCAUGCAAUAUGAGUAUUAAAAAGUUGAAAGUUUUGGAUGACUCGAUAUUAGUGAUACAUCAAGUCAAGGAAGAAUGGGAAACAAGAGAUGCUAAAUUGGUGCCUUACAGCUAA